UGUUCUAAGCCGCGGUCGGGGAAAUGUAUCACUCGAUUAUAUUUGAUUGAAGGGUUCCGUAGGCUAAACCUGAGGACGAUAUUUACUUUCCACUGGUAACGAAAAUCCAGCGGGGCGUCUUGAGGCUGAGCUAGAACUAACUGCCAAGCUGAUGCUUCUGGUUGCAUUGACUUUUCGAAAUUAACUAAGUACCCAGUUCAGCUAUGCUGCAGUGUCUCUCUAUCAACAAGUCAUCAUCAGCAACCACUUCGUUACCUACGUCGCCGGCGACACUCAAUCUCCCUGCUUAUCCCCCGCCUCGUCAAGGGAAUUCUACAGAUGGUUCACCUGGAACAAGUGCACAAUCCUCACCUGCUGUUAACCUUACUUGGGAAUACUCUCUCACUGUCCAGUCCAAUUCUUACAAUGAAAUGUGGUCUAAAAUACAUGUUCUCGACCCAAGAAACGGGAACUAUCACAAUCACAAUGAAAAUGAAGCUGAAGUGCAGAUAGAAGAUGCAUGUGGAGAUGAGGAUCCUCGCCAAUUGGAUUUGUCACAUGUUCUCCAGCCCAACAGAGAAUGUGUAGAAGAGGCCCUUCGUCACGCGAGACCUAAUGCCCUUACUCGCCUUGUCUCAACAUACUUUGAUCAUAGUGAGAACACCACUAACCUCUGCCUCCUCCUGCACCAAAGCAUUUAUCGUGCUCGGGUCCUCUAUGGCCCUCUUCAUGAGCUCCUUGACAUUUUCCCCCUUGACCAUCACUCCAUCAGUCAACCACUAUGUGAUAAAGCUUUUGAAGUAUUCCUCCAAUUUGAUUGUGUUGACAAUCCAUUUCCAUGCCCUGAUGACCACAACUUCCAAGAAAUGCGCCGUUGCUUUUCUGAGUUGAGACAAGAACUAGACCAUAAUCUUCAAAAAUCUCACUCAAGAGUUCGUCUGUUCCGCCAUACUACCAGACGCACUGCCCUGUGUAUCAUUGGCACAGCUGUGGCAGUUGCUAUAACUGCUGCAGCUGUUGCUACUCAUGCACUUCUUGCUGUUGUGGUUUGUCCCUUUUGUACUGCUUACCUACCCUGUGGUGUUACUAAAAAGGAGCUUGCCUUUCUGGCACAACUUGAUACUACUAAGAGGGGUACAUAUGUGUUAAACAAUGAUCUUGACACUAUUGACCGGCUUGUUGCUCGAUUAUACACUGCCAUUGAGGGAGAUAAGCUGCUGGUAAGGUUUGGAUUGGAGAGAGAUAAGGACAAACAUUCCAUUCAAGAGGUAGUUAAACAGCUGAGAAAAAACCAGCUGAAUUUCACACUCCAGCUUAAGGAUCUUGAGGAGCAUAUCUGCCUGUGUUUCAACACUGUCAAUAGGACUAGGUCAUUGCUCCUCCGAGAGAUCCAUCUUCACCAAACUCCUAGUUCCUAACCAAUUUUAGUGAUAUUAUCCAAUCAUACUUUGAGAGUUAUUUUUCUAUUCUCAGCAUCUGUCAUUCCUUAACCCAGUUUUUCAUGCCCCAAAAAUGAGAUAGAAAUAGCCUCUGCCCCUUUUUACAUGGGGUUUUCUGUACUUUUUAUAGAGAUCAAGUUCCUAGUGCCAAGGUCUGCAAGCCAGAAACCCAGGUUCAUUUUUCUACCAUACCUAUUUCCUCUCCAGAUUUUGUUAAAAUUUUGGUGCUCAUGCAAACUACAAAGCUGAUUUAGUGAUGGUGGAAAUUGGUGAUUUUUUCAAGCUUGUAUAUAAGUUUUUAAUAUAUGUAUUUCUUUAAACAGAUAAUAAUAUUAUUAGAUCAAUGCAAAUUAUUGAAUUCAUAUUGAUAUGCCAA